AACGUAUAACUGUGGCGUUGGCGUGAGAAAGAGGAAGGACGACAAGAGCGGAGGGUUCAGCCACGAACACUGCGAUCUUGUUGGUGUUUGUAUGCGUCCAAAUGCAUCCUAACAUCGAGGACCACGUGUCGAGAACACGUGCAUCAGUAUCAUCAACGUUUCCCUACUAGGAGGAGGAAAUCUAGGCAACCAAAGACUGUCUUCGCUCGGUCGCGGACGUGUUUACUCCAAGAAUGAUGCAAGACAGGUGUCCGCCGCCGUCUCCGCCCGAGGUCAAGGAUCUCGACUCGGACGUCGAGAUUAUGGAGAGCGACGUCGAGGAGGUUAUUGAUAUGGACGACUCGAUUUUCGAGAGCUCGUCCGAGAAUGAGGACACGCCGACCGAGGAUCACAGGCAAAAGGACGACGCCGCGUGUGUCUUUCGCGGCCACGUGAUCGGGUUCACGGUGUUUUGCUGUUCGCUGAGCAAGAGCGGCGAGCUGGCGGCGACUGGGGACGAGAACGACAGGGCGUACCUCUGGAACACUCAUACGGGCGAGAGUAUUUUCAAUACCGGCACCAGUCAUGACGACAGCAUCGUAUUCGCUGAAUUUAACCACAGCGACAAGUACUUGGCUACGGCCGACAUGCGCGGCAAGAUACAAUUGUGGAAAAUAAAAGACAAGACCUGCGUCUGGGAGACUAGUUUGGGGACCGACAUUAGUUGGAUGAAGUGGCACCAUUCCGCUAAUAUUUUAAUAGCAGGCAUUGUCUCGGGGGAGGUUUACAUGUUUAAGACACAAAAGGACAACUUCAAAAUCUUCGCCCAGGGUAUCGGUGAUAAAACAGAGACCGGGAUAAUUUUUCCAGAUGGGAAACAUAUGGCGGUAGGAUAUGAAAGCGGCAAGAUACAAGUAUUAAACUUGCAGUCUAACGCCGUAGUGUCUACCACUCCUGCUGACCAGACACGAUCACGUGGACAUGCAAGCGGUGUCAUCGGUCUUGACUGUCACAUGGAUAAUAAUUUGAUAAUUUCGAUAUCGUUGCAAGCCCAAACUAUAUUAAGUACAGCACAUAACGGCAAGGUAGUUUGUAUACUUCAGGAUUUGAGUAGAACUGAAAGUGAUGGAGACAUUAACGUGGAGACCGUGGCUUUCUGUAAAGAUCCCGCAUUCUCUGCUGCUGCAACCGGUGCAAUCAACAGCAACCUAGGAGGAAAACUUUACAUUUGGGAUAUUUCUAAACAAACUCUCAGGCACGAGAUAGACCAGGAAGGUGGUAUCGUAAAAUUGGUUUGGACCCAGACAUCGAUGUUGUUAACGGCAGCAUUAGAUGGUAAACUAAGAUGUUUCGAUGCUAAAGCAGGCUAUUGCCUCCGGACGUUUUCAGGACAUAACGCGGCCUUAUACGACUUAUGCAUAUCCAGUGACGGGAAGAAAGCGUUGACCACUUCCGACGAUAGUACCGCCAGGAUCUUUGACAUCUCAGCUGUAUGUUAACUUAAUGCGAAACAUAGAAUUUAACAAAAUUGAAGAAUAUAUAUAUGUAUAUAAGUGUAUACAUAUAUUUUUAAAAGAUUUAUAAAAUAUAUAUCUCUGUACCAUAAGACUACAGAAAAGAAUAUAUUGAAAUUAAG